UUUAAUGACUUGAGAUUACCUGAUUAAAUACCAUCAAAUGAAGCCAUUUUUCCUGAACUGUCAAUCUUAUUUGCUGAAUAUAAAUAUUGACUAUAAUCCUGAAAAAAGGGAAGCUGAAGGAAGUGUAAAGCGGAAAGAGGCGGGGAACGAUAUGUUAGGAAGCAUGUUUAGAUCAGGUAUGGUGGUAUUUAUAAUUAUGUUAAUGUGGAGGGAAUUAGAAGUGGAAGUUGAAGCUCAAGCAAGAAAGCUUGCCGCCGAUGAAGUGAAAGCUCUUCAUGAAAUAGCGAGAGAACUAGGGAAAAGGGACUGGGAUUUCACGAAAGACCCUUGCGGUACUCACUCAAGCUGGAUACAUACAGAAAAAGAUCCCAUGAAUUUGUACAACAGACUCUCAUCUGUAAUUGUUCCUUCCCCGGUGAUGUCUGCCACGUCGAUAGCAUGUAAAUGCUCUUUACAAUCAUCAUUCCAAGUUUGAUUUUCAUUUUACGUACAUCCCUAUUCACUAUUCACAGCAUGCAUGAUAAUCGACAACUUUUUCGGUCUUUAGUUAAAAGAAGUGUUUUCUAGUAAUUUCUCAUAUGAAUUGGUGAUUGAGAUGGUAAAAGUAUUUUGGAGGAUAUUGCAUUAGGAGUUAGGAGUUAGAUUAGAUUUAACUCUUUCUACUCAAAAAAUGGAUAUAUUAGUCCAUUAAUUUCUUUUAAUUUAUCCAUUUGUACUGGUAAAAA